UGUGUUGUUGUCGGUCCAAUAGGAAGAGGAGGGAGGCGUUCCCCUCAGCUUCAUUCUCCAUUGGUGUGUUGACCACAACAGCGAACAGCCAGCGACGAUACAACGAAUGUCAAACAAGUAAAACACAAAACAGAGAGCUGCAGCUAUGGGCAAGUUCCAUUCUCACUUGGCCCACCCCAAAGACGAGAGUCAGGACGCACUGACUGCUUCUGGAGAGUACAGAGACGGCGAGGAGGAUGGAAAGAACGGAGACGUAUCUCAGUUCCCCUACGUGGAGUUCACUGGACGGGACAGCGUCACGUGCCCGACAUGUCAGGGCACCGGCAGAAUACCAAGAGGUCAAGAGAAUCAGCUCGUAGCUCUGAUUCCAUACAGCGACCAAAGGCUCAGGCCGAGCAGGACAAAGCUGUAUGUCACAAUAUCAGUGGUACUUUGCCUGCUGCUGUCUGGCCUGGCUGUUUUCUUCCUAUUCCCUCGCUCUAUUGAUGUCUCCUAUGUGGGAGUGAAGUCCGCCUACGUCUCCUAUGACUUGGAGAAACGCAUUGUCUAUCUCAACAUCACAAGCACUCUGAACAUCACCAAUAACAACUACUACACCAUAUCUGUGACCAACAUCACAGCCCAAGUGCAAUUCUCCAAGACGGUGAUAGGGAAGGCCAAGUUCAACAACAGCUCAGUGAUCAUACCACUGGAUGAACGGCAGAUUGACUACACAGUUCCCACCACCAUCGCUGAUGAGAUGAGUUAUAUGUUUGACUACUGCACCUUGCCAACCAUUAAAGUUCACAACAUAGUGGUCAUGAUGCAGGUGACGGUGACUACGUCAUACUUUGGCCACGCGGAGCAGGUCUCCCAGGAGAUGUACCAGUAUGUGGACUGUGGGGGGAACACCACCUCCUUGCAUGGACAUGUGCAGGUCUACAAAUAAAGGAAGCAAAAGAGCCCAGACAUCAAAUACUGCUGUGACUGAAGGUCUCAGAGAAAUAACUGGGCUGACUUCCACAUCGAUAAGCUUUGCUCAGUGACAACAGAAUAAUGGACAUACAUAACUUUUCUUAAACUAGUCAGUGGCUCAUCCAUUCUUUGAUUCCCAACCACUUUCUUCCUUUUACAGGUCAAAUGUGAUGAUUAGAUGAGCUGUUUUUGUUUGGUUACUUGUCGAACAGGCUGGUAAAAGCAGACAAACUUGGCUGCCACAGCCAGAAUUUUGCAGGCUUUGCCCUCGAGGUUUGUUGUCAUUUUUCACCCUGGUGCCAACAAAAUAGACGGAUAUACGGUAAUUAAAUAUUCAUGUUAUUGGUUGACAUUCCCAUCAUGUUUACACCGUUUCUCCCUAACAAUUAAAUUACUGAAAGCAGUAGUUUCAGAUAUGUUGCACUUUAACCCGAUCCUUAUCUACAGAUAUAGAUAAGAAUGUUGCAUAAAUGCCCCCCUACUACUUUAUACCACUUUUAAUUAAAAAAUACAAUAACUAAGGUUCCAAAGUGAAAACCACUGAGUUGUUUCUAACCACCUUUUUCUGCCCUCUUUCCUUUCUCUUUUUAUUUUCUUUAAUAAAAAUGUGAUUCUUGAUAUUGUGUAUUGCAAUAUAGAUGAUGUUUUAUCUUAUGUGAUUUGUUUUUCGUUUGCUUUUUGGCUCAGAGUUCUUAGUUUUAAGCUUGAGUAUACAGUAGGUAGUAGAAGUCUUAUGUUUAGCUAUCAUUCACCUGAGAUUGAAAAACACGUGACUACUACUGUGUGAAGACUGCUACAUAUUAUAAAAUAACUCUGUAAAAGGGAUAACUUAAUUUUUUAUUUCAUUUCAUAGCAAAUAGGAGUAGGAGCAUUAUAGUGGGCUAUAAAAUACAGAAAUGUAAAUGUAAAAUAUGUACUUUGUUUGGCUUGCUUCAAAACAUGCUAUAUCAAGAAUCAUUUCUGGUGUAGGAGCACCUUUUAAUAAGGUUGUUCUAUUUUUGUGGGCUGUGGUGUUACUCACGAUAAUUGUUUUGCCAUUUUAACCCACUGUAUAUAUAACUUGUAUCAUGAGUUGAGUGGUAUUCUUGGGGUUUGAAAUUAGUAUGACUUUUGUCACUUUUAUUACAUAAAAUCAUUUUGGAUUGGCUGACGAAGCUCAGAAGUGAAUAAACCCUGCAUUCACAUACUAUGCUAAUAUUCUACACAUUUUUAAACAUAUGUUUUGUACUGAACAUCAUUUGUCUGAUAAUAGACGCCCCUAACAUUUGCCUGAAAAAUAUUUUUUCAAAGUUUCUGAUCUUAGUUCAUUUGUGAUUGCACAUGCAAGUUUUUCUGACAGUUAUACAAUGCUAAUAAUACCCAGUCAUAAGAAAACUAACCAUAGAUCCAAUCCUUCUUGGUUUUUGAUGACAAACGGUGUUGAUAUGAAUACCUCUCUGUUACACUGUCACCUCUACUCCUACACUGUGGUUUUGUGUUUUUCAUGCAUGAAGCUGAAAAUAAAAUCAUGACUUCAUUUUGAAA